GAGUAAACUGAAAACCAGAGUAGUUAUACUUAGUCCUUUAACCUGAUCUCAGCUGCCCGGGAUGUUUGCUGGUCUUAGUUAGAAGCUUGGCUUUAGUAGACAUGCUGUUACAGUGAAUGAAACUUUGGGCCUGUAUGGGCUAGACUUUGGUUGGAACUGAGAUCCCUGCAUAAAGCCAUAUCCCUUGAAAAUCUACACUUUCUGAUGAGAUGGAUGGACUAGGAAAAAAAUAUAUUGCUACUGAUCCAGAUAUGACAAAGAAGAUUGCUUUUUAUCCAUUUCCCCAGAGAAUUCUUAAACACAGGCAUUUAGAUCUGGGUUUAUAUAUAUGUUACCCAAGUGGCCUAAAAACUCCAAGCCAAGAAAUUGACAUUAGAAGUAAUAUCCCUGGAUGCUUGGCAUGAAGCGUAUGCAGAAUCUUUAGAGAGACCCACUUGACACAGGCUGCAGAGAAUUCCCACAGAGUCUGGAGGAUAGAUUUGUUAAACAGGAAUGCAUAUUGCUUGCUUUGUGCUGUUGAGAUCAUGAUGUUACUUUUGUAUUAGGAAAAAUAAACAUCUCUGCCUCUCAGUGAUCUCCAGAAAUGGAAUGAUAGAACAGAACUUGUAUACAAGCCAACAUUUGGAUGUGGAUACACAUUCAGCUGCCUCCUAUCCUUGCAGAGGUCAUGGAAGAAGUGACAUCAUGCUCCUUCAACAACCCUCUGUUCCGGCAGGAAGACAAGAGAGGGGUCACCUACCGGAUCCCAGCCCUGCUCUACAUCCCCCCCACCCGCACUGUCCUGGCCUUUGCAGAGAAGCGCUCCACCUGCAGGGACGAGGACGCUCUGCACCUGGUGCUGAGGCGAGGGCUGAGGACGGGGCCCUCGGUACAGUGGGGACCACUAACGCCACUGAUGGAAGCCAUGUUACCUGGGCAUCGGACCAUGAACCCCUGUCCUGUGUGGGAGCGAAAGAGUGACUGUGUGUACCUGUUCUUCAUUUGUGUGCGGGACCAUGUCACAGAGCGUCAACAGAUCAUGUCAGGCAGGAAUGCUGCUCGCCUCUGCUUCAUCUGCAGCCAGGAUUCUGGCUAUUCAUGGAGCGACGUGAGGGACCUGACUGAGGAGGUCAUUGGCCCAGAAGUGAAGCAUUGGGCCACAUUUGCUGUGGGCCCAGGUCAUGGCAUCCAGCUGCAGUCAGGGAGGCUGAUCAUCCCUGCAUAUGCCUACUACAUCCCUUACUGGUUCUUUUGCUUCCGGCUACCAUGUAAAGCCAGGCCUCAUUCCCUGAUGAUCUACAGUGACGACCUAGGGACCACAUGGCACCAUGGCAGGCUCAUUAAGCCCAUGGUGACAGUGGAGUGUGAAGUGGCAGAGGUGACUGGGAGGACCGGCCACCCUGUGUUGUAUUGUAGUGCCCGGACACCAAACAGAUGCCGGGCAGAGGCUCUCAGCACUGACCAUGGUGAGUGCUUUCAGAGACCGGCCCUGAGCCAACAGCUCUGUGAGCCCCCACAUGGCUGCCAAGGCAGUGUGGUAAGUUUCCGGCCCCUGGAGAUUCCAGAUGGGUGCCAGGACCCUACUGGCAAAGAUGCUCCUACUGGUCAGCAGAGCCCUCUGCUGGAUAGUUCCCUGAGGCUAGAGCAGGAAGCUGGAACAUUGUCAGAAUCAUGGCUCUUGUAUUCACACCCAACCAGUAAGAAACGGAGGAUUAACCUAGGCAUCUACCUCAACCGGACCCCCUUGGAAGCUGCCUGCUGGUCCUCCCCUUGGAUCUUGCACUGCGGGCCCUGUGGCUACUCUGAUUUGGCUGCUCUGGAAGAGGGCUUGUUUGGGUGUUUGUUUGAGUGUGGGACCAAGCGGGAGUGUGAGCAGAUUGCCUUCCGCCUAUUUACAGACCAAGAGAUCCUGAGCCAUGUGCAAGAUGACUGCACAAGCCCUGGUAGGAACUCUGAACCAAUUCAUAACUAAUUGGUUUAGGAUCCAACUUUCCAUAGAAGGGAAACCAUUAGAAGGCAACUAUAGCCAGGAUAAUGGAGGCCAGGAUAAUAGAGGUUACCGAAGCCUUCAGGGAAUCCCAGAACUUAAUAUUCUGCUCCCUGUCUUUUUUCACCUCUCCAAAGAGCAAAAUGAAAAUUUUGCCAUACCUACUGCAGCUGAAAUAGCACUGAACUGAAUUGGGAGACCAUGAUAUGAUCUGGGGCCUGCCACUGGCUGGCUCUGGAACCUUAAACUCUCUGGGCCUCAGAUCUCCAUCUGUAAAAUGAGAGGAUUGGUUCUGUGAUUUCUCUUCCUAUCCCUGGAGAAGGCAGAGUGCCUUCUUGCUCCUUGGUCAGCAAGUCUUGGCUGCACAAAGGACUCUGGUCUCAAAAUGGAAUCAGAGGAUUCACCGUUUCAAAUGACUCACCACUCAUCCAAGUAUGAGGUUGCAAGCAGGUGUCAUGUCAUGAAGGAUCUGGAUGGUUUGUUCGGUUUUUAAUAACAGAUGAGCUCUACAGGCUAUCUUGGAGGAAUUGGGCAAAACAGGAGAAACAUGAGGUCACCUACCUUCUUCAGCUUUGCAGCUCUGCUCAGCCUCCCCUUCCUCACCCAGAAAGUGUCAUUUCCUAGGAAGGAAAUGGGCUCAAUACCAAUAGUCCAUAUUGUUUCUGAUGGCAUUACUCCUAUGAGAGAUGAGCCUGAAGUUUAUUUAUUAGGAUGGUUCCUGAUGGGAAAAAGGCAUGGCUUAGGGCUUUAAAGCAUUGAACAAAACUUCCCACAGUCUCUGCCCUCAAGGAGCUCACAGUUUGUGAGGCUAGAAGAGGGAAACAUUUUUUGCAAAAUAAAUGCAGCUGGUGGGAUAGUUUGUAGAUGUUGGGCUCUAAGUUGGCAUAAUGGUAGCUCAUUAUCUUAGUUGCAUCUUUAUUGUGCCUGGAGCCAUCUUCCCCAGGGCUUGUCCAGUCUGCUGGAUUUCCCCUAAGUUUGUUUUUCUUAGGAUGUUGUCUGGGCCCAGCCACUCCAUUUGCCAGUGGAGAAACUUCACCCUUAGGAAGGUCUCAGACCCUCCAAUCCACUGAAUCUGGCCUGUUUGUUUGGACCUCCUGACAUCACUAUUUGUGAAGUGGGGAUGACACUUUGUCUUGUAGUUUUGGGGCUGAACUUUGCUAGUACUGGGUCUCUCAGAUGAUACCAUAUUGGUUGCUUUUAUUUUAGAUUGUUUUCCCCGUACCCUGUUAUUGUGAGGGAAAUUCUAUCAUGAGAGAUCUCUUUUUUGUUCUCCUUAAACUGGUAUAUCAGCUAAAUACAGGGUGGGACAAA